AGUGCUGCCAAAUUCACGACGUCAAAUAUCAGAAAUAAUUUGUCUCGUCCUCCAUUUUCCCUUUGUAACUAACCGGUGUUCAAAACACGUGUCGCGUGUUGAAAUAGCAGAAUGAACACCGAGAAACUGAAAAAACUGCAGUCACAAGUCCGCAUAGGCGGCAAGGGAACACCGAGGCGCAAGAAGAAGGUCGUCCAUGCGACCGCCGCCACAGAUGAUAAGAAACUGCAGUCAUCUCUCAAGAAACUAUCAGUAAACACUAUCCCCGGUAUCGAGGAAGUGAAUAUGUUAAAGGAUGACGGCACAGUAAUACAUUUUAAUAACCCGAAAGCGCAGGCAUCGCUCGCGGCGAACACUUUCGCUAUCACCGGACACGGUGAGAACAAGCAAAUAGCUGAGAUGCUCCCCGGCAUCCUGAGCCAGCUCGGACCGGAGGGAUUAAAUCAGUUAAAGAAAAUCGCAUCCAGUGUGGCCCCGCCGAAACCACUCGAUGAAGACGACGAGGUACCUAACCUUGUUGGUAACUUCGACGAAGCUUCCAAGCAGGAGGCUAAAGAGGUAGUCGCCGAGGAGAAAAAAGAGGAAAAAGAAAAGGAGAAAGAGAAGGAAAAGAAACCAGAAACAGAAACCAAAGCCGCGGACAAAAAAGUUGAUUAAAUAGACCCCAUGAAAAAGAUUUAGUUUUUAAUUUUGCUCACCUGAUAAAGUGAACUAAAGUGGGUUUCCAAAGGCACCGAGGUGUGUCUCAAAGUAAUAUUCGUUUUGUAUUUUAUGUUUUGUUCCUAAAUAGUUCGUUCCAAGUUUGAUAUGUCCAGUUAAUGGUGACGGUGCCUAGUGGAACGGGAUACUAUUUUCUUUUUUAUACUCGUGACUUUGGAAAUUCUCUGUACAACUAUCUCUAUAAAUGCUUUGUAUGCGCCAUGCACUAACAUGUAUUGUAAAAGUAAUGAAAUCCCGUUGAAUAGAAAAUAGUUCAAAGUACUUUUAAGAUAUUGGCAAUAUAGAUACUUAUAUAGUAUUAAAAAAAAUAUUGCAUAUAACUUUCUUUUCACAGCACAGUUAAAUAUAUAUUAUAUGUAUAGUAAAGAGGUGUUAAUGCACUGGUAAAUAUUUUAUAAAGAUGGAUUUUUCUAAAGUUGUUAAUUCAUACUGGUCUAAAGAACAUGCUUUCUCAUUUAAACCUAGGUUUAAACAAAGUGAACUUAGUCACAUGGCUCUUUAGGAUACCGGAGCUAACAUUGUAUAAAAAAUACACUAAAAUGUAAAAAUGUCGGGUUAAGUUAUGUAUAGACAUGACAUAAACUUUGAUCGAAGAAAAA